AUGAAAUCAAAAUUACCAACGACAACGACAACGACAUCAUCACCAGCAACAACAACAACACGUCAUGUACCUGAAGCCAUUCUGCCACCCUAUGCAUACAAGCAAGACACACAGUUACCAGAGUUACCCAUUGCACUCAAGCCAAGCAUUGAAGUGCGACCUUACCAACGCGAAGCCGUCAAUGCCAUUAUCGAUCCAGCAACCAACGUGGCGCAAUCCAGCAUCAUUGUCCUUCCCUGUGGUGCAGGCAAAACGUUAACCUCCAUUCUCGUCGCGUGCACACUUCAAAAACCCGUCCUGGUCGUCUGUUCCACCAUCAUUGCGGCCGAACAGUUCAGCAACGAGUUCCUGAACUUUACUACCCUCAUGGCGUCCAAAACCGGCAUGUUUGCUGGGCAAAAGAAAUGGCCGUUCAAUGGCCCCUCGGGCGUCAUGUUUACCACCUACACCAUGUUGGUCGACAGUAAGAACCGGACGGCCGACAGUAAACGCAUGAGCAAAUUCAUUAAUGCGACAGAGUGGGGUUUGGUCAUUUUGGACGAGGUCCAUUGUGUUCCUGCAAGCAAUUUUUCCAAAGCCAUUGCGAAAAUCAAUACCAAAGUCCGGUUGGGCUUGACGGCAACCAUGUUGCGCGAGGAUGAAAAGAUUGGCGAUUUGGAAACGUUGGUUGGACCCACCCUGUAUCAUGCAAAAUGGAAAGAGUUGGCUGAUAAGGGGUACAUUGCCAAAGUCAUCUGUACCCAAGUAGAACUGUCCAUGGAUGAACCGUUCCGCCAAGUCUAUGAUGAUGUUGUCACUGACGCUUCCGGUAGUUCUGGUGUAUUGGGCCAUGCGCAUCACAUCAAAAGCCUCUUAUCCAUCCUCAACCCAAAAAAGAUCCAAAUCUGUCAAAGACUGAUCCAAUACCACGAAGCACGGGGCGACAAGAUCCUUGUCUUUUGCGACCACAUUGAUGCACUCAAGCUGUAUGCCGAAAAACUAAACCGUCCGUUCAUUUAUGGCGGCACCUCGCCCGAAGACGCGCGCAGUCUGUUGAAACGCUUCCAGAUCGACAUUCCCAAACUCAACCCCAAGGAAGCCAGUUGGUCCGAAUUGGCGGCCCAGCGUGCACUGAAAGCCAAAUCCGUCAACACAUUGCUGUUGUCGCGUAUCGGUGAUACCAGUUUGGAUUUGCCUGCUGCAACCGUCCUGAUCCAAGUGUCGUCGCAUUUCGGAUCGCGUCGACAAGAGGCUCAGCGUCUGGGUCGUGUGCUGCGUGCCAAGAAACGGUCGGAAAAGGGCUUUUAUUCUCGCUUUUAUACCUUGGUCACCCGUGGGACGCAUGAAACGAGCUUCUCGGAACGACGGCGUCAGUUUUUGGAGGAGGAUUGUGGGUACGGCUAUCAGAUUUGGGCGGUCGGUGACGAGAAUUCGGAAGAUGGCGGGAACGGUUGGCACGUAGAUUCGACACAAGAUGUCAAUGCGCCUGAAGACGAUGGUGUCAAGGUCGAUCCGGUCACUUGCACUAUCCAUGGUGCUGAUGAUCGGCCCUAUACCCGUGCAGCAGAUCAAAAGGUGCUUGCCGACUAUAUUCGUAAUAUAAAGAAUGUACAAGUGGAAGAAGACACGGACGAUGUUGCAGAUGUUACUACCCCACAGCCUGCUGCAUCUAAACGCGGUAAUAAAAAGAAAUAA